UGAGCGGGUAACCCCAAUAUGCUGCGAAGAUCAUUACAAUAAAUAUUUAUGAAAAUAUUUAGUCCAUAUAAAGAGACUAGCUAUAACUUCAAAGACAAAGUAUUCAAAAUGAACGUAUAUUUUGAAUCUGAAAAGUUCUUGAAACCUUCAGGUGCCAAGGGAAGUCUUCAAUCACGAAUAUUUAAUGACACUAAAUUGAAAAACUCACCAAAACAUAUCUAUGCAUUAGUCUAUUCAACACUUAAGUAUAAAGAAUACAUUGAAACUGUUAUAAAGAAAUCCAAAAUAAAGGAUGUUAUAAAGACCAAGAAGUUAAAAAUGAGUGAUGAAUUACUUAUUUUAUUAGUUCAUGAUUUAAUAUUCAGUCAGAAAGGUAGAAUACAGAUGGGUAAUCACCCUAUAAAAGAUGCCAUAUUGAAGAAUAAAACAAGAUUACAAGCAGAGUUCACAAAGUUAAAAUUGAAACAUAAGGUUAAAUCAGUAGACGAACUUCCAGUCAAGAUUGCAGAUGAAGAUGAAAGUCCGGUGAGAUGGUUUAGAAUCAAUACUAUUUUAACCACUCCAGAAGCAUUUUUUAAAGAUCAUGAAUUUUUCAGAAAUUUGCAACCUGUAAGCUCAAUUGAAGAACUUAAACAAACGGGUGUCAUAUAUCAAGAUGAUUAUAUCACUAAUUUAUAUGGUGUACAUCCAAGAGAAAGAGUCACUUCCACUCCAGCAUACGAGAAGGGUCAAGUAAUCAUUCAAGAUAGAGCCUCAUGUUUUCCUGCUCAUAUACUUAAUCAAAAUCCAAAUGAUAUUCAUAAAUACGUUAUAGAUGCAUGUGCAGCCCCAGGAAAUAAAACAACCCAUUGUGCAUCAUUCUUACCUAUAGAUUCAACUGAUGCAGUUAUCUAUGCAUUCGAAAGAGAUUCCAAAAGAGUUGAAAUUCUUAAAACUAUGUGUGGAAAAGCAUUGGGCCAACAUAAGAAAAAUUUAAUUCAAAUCACUCAUGCUGACUUUACCAGCACAGAUCCAAAUGAUUUCAAAGAUGUGACAGGAAUGGUAGUGGAUCCAUCAUGUAGCGGGUCUGGUAUUUUUGGAAGAGCACUUGAAGACUCUCAAAAGGAAGAAAAUGGUGAUCAAGAAAUCGAUACCGAAAGAUUGAAUAAAUUAGCUGGAUUUCAAUUUAAAAUAGUCAAACAUUCUAUGAAAUUUCCUAGUGCUAGAAAGGUGGUCUAUUCAACUUGUUCAAUUCAUCCCCAUGAAAAUGAAAGAGUGGUGGUUGAUUUAUUAUCAGAUCCAGAACUUAAAAAAUUAGGUUGGAAAUUAGAUAUUAGAGCUAACGUCAUACCCAGUUGGGAAAGAAGAGGUUGGAAAGAAGAAUUUACUUCAUUAGGAAAUGCCGAGGAAUGCGAAAAACUUGCCGGAGGAUGUGUAAGGAGUAUUCCUAAGGAAGACGGAGGAAUUGGCUUCUUUGCAGCUUGCUUUAUAAAAGGAGCACCAGGAAACGAAACCGAAGCAGAUAAGAAAGAAGUGAUAGAAGAUGUUAUAGAUAAACAAGAACAACACGAGGCAGGCAAAGAAGAGGGGCAGAAUGAGGAAGAUGAAGACGAAGACGUUGAAGAUGAAGCAGAAGAUUGGGAGGGGUUCGAUUAGGUUUUAUUUUACGAAUAAAGUCGAAUAUACGCUGAAAUUAAGAUUAUCAUUUCCGACUGCAUGAAUUCUUUCCGACCAUCCAAGAAAUUCAUUAAUAGGUAUUAAAGACAAGAAAAAGACUAGUAAGAUGGUUGACGUUUUCCCAAUCCCCUUGACACAUGCAAUGGUUUGAAUAUCGGCUGUAAUUAGAAAAGGUUAUACUUAAACCAAUUGACGAAAGGGGUGGUUAACCCCAAUAUAAGUAAUGAUGAAAUAGGUAAAAGGUCCAUUAGGGUUUUUAGAACCUUAACUCAUAAGUAUUAAUAAUUUCGCAAUCAUUGUAUAUAGUAACCAUACAUUAUUCUUAGAAACGUUGUCCAUUCAGGUCAGCACCUGUAUUACCUUUGUUUAGAAAAAAAUAAACAUCACGAUUGGUAUAAUCGAAUUUGAAAGUAUGUCAAUUAUACGUACGG